UGAGGCACAGAGGGGAGGUGCAGGGGCCGAGGACCUGCUCGAAUGGGACAGGGUCCUCAGCCCUGGACAGAUGCAGUGGCCAACUUGAUGUCACCCUCCAGCUCCUCUGGACUCAAGUGGGGAUGGAUGUGGCCAAAGCACCAAAGCAAGCCUGGCCCCCAUGGCUUCCCCUCCUUUGCCUGCUUCUCCUGCCUGGAGGGGGCAGUACCAGUUGCCCUGCUGUGUGUGACUGCACCUCCCAACCCCGAGCAGUGCUCUGUGCCCACAGGAGGCUGGAGGCUGUCCCUGGGGGACUCCCGCUGGACACUGAACUCCUGGACCUGAGUGGGAACCGCCUGUGGGGGCUUCAGCGGGGUAUGCUCUCUCGACUGGGCCUGCUCCAGGAACUGGACCUCAGCUACAACCAGCUCUCCACACUUGAGCCCGGAGCCUUCCAUGGCCUACAAAGCCUACUCACACUGAGACUCCAGGGCAAUCGACUCCGCAUCAUGGGGCCUGGGGUCUUCUCAGGCUUGUCCGCCCUCACUCUGCUGGACCUCCGCUUCAACCAGAUUGUCCUCUUUCUGGAUGGAGCUUUCAGUGAGCUAGGCAGCCUCCGGCAGCUAGAGGUCGGGGACAACCACCUAGUGUUUGUGGCUCCCGGGGCCUUUGCAGGGCUGGCGCAGCUGAACACCCUCACUCUGGAGAGCUGCAACCUCAGCAUGGUGCCUGGCCUUGCCCUUGCCCGCCUCCCAGCACUCAUGGCCCUUAGGCUCCGAGAACUGGAUAUUGAGAGGCUGCCUGCUGGGGCACUGCAGGGGCUGGGGCAGCUGAAAGAGCUGGAGAUCCACCACUGGCCGUCUCUGGAAGCUUUGGACCCAGGGAGCUUGUCUGGGCUCAAUCUAAGCAGCCUGGCCAUCACUCACUGCAACCUGAGCUCAGUGCCCUUCCAGGCUCUGUACCACCUGAGCUUCCUCAGGGUCCUGGAUCUAUCUCAGAACCCAAUCUCAGCCAUCCCAGCCAGAAGGCUUAGCCCUCUGGUGCGGCUUCAAGAGCUCCGGCUGUCGGGGGCGGGCCUCACCUCCAUUGCUGCCCACGCCUUCCACGGCUUGACUGCCUUCCACCUCCUGGAUGUGGCGGACAACUCCCUUCAGACACUAGAGGAAACAGCUUUCCCUUCGCCAGAUAAACUGGUCACCCUUAGGUUGUCUGGCAACCCCCUAACUUGUGACUGCCGCCUCCUGUGGCUGCUUCGACUGCGCCACCACCUGGACUUUGGCACAUCGCCUCCUGCCUGCGCUGGCCCCCAGCAUGUCCAGGGGAAGAACCUGAGGGAGUUUUCAGACAUCCUGCCUCCAGGGCACUUUACUUGCAAACCGGCCCUGAUCCAAACGUCUGGGCCUCGGUGGGUCAUUGUGGAGGAGGGGGGACAUGCCAUUUUCUCCUGCUCUGGAGAUGGAGACCCAGCCCCUACCAUCUCCUGGAUGAGGCCUCAGGGGCCUUGGCUGGGAAGGGCUGGGAGAGUCAGGGUCCUCGAGAAUGGGACACUGGAGAUCCGCUCAGUGCAGCUACAGGACCAGGGGGCCUAUGUCUGUGUGGUCAGCAAUGUAGCUGGGAAUGACUCCCUAAGGACCUGGCUGGAAGUAACCCAAGUGGAACCACCGAAUGGCACAGUCUCUGACCCCAAUAUCACCAUGCCGGGGAUCCCAGGGCCUUUCUUUCUGGACAGCAGGGGUGUGGCUAUGGUGCUAGCAGUUGGCUUCCUCCCCUUUCUUACCUCAGUGACCCUCUGCUUUGGGCUGAUUGCCCUCUGGAGCAAGGGCAAGGGCCGGGUCAAACACCACAUGACCUUUGACUUUGUGGCACCUCGGCCCUCUGGGGAUAAGAACUCCGGGGGUAACCGGGUCACUGCCAAGCUCUUCUAACCUUCCUGCCACCCUGAGGACCCAGCAAAGUCCACUCCAGGCAGAAGGGAGAAGGCAGAAACAAAGCUGCUUUGGGCCAGACUUGUCCGGAGCAGCACAGAUCUCACGCAUCUGCCUCUGCACCGUGCCAGCAUUUGGAGACGCCAGUGGAAGGACUGCUGCCCUGUGCUUUUGCUGUCUGAGGGUGACACCGUCAUCUCUUUUUUGAGCAUCCCAGGGAGUUGCAGAUACAGACCUGUAAUUAGCCCAGCCUUCCCU